AAAAUUUCAUGGGUAUCUAUAAAGUCACGUGACAAAAACAUUACACAGCUAGCAUGACAGCUAGCUUCAACUAAUGACCUUUUUGUAGUUUUUGUGCUCUUGUACAUUUUCCUAAUGCCAGCAAUUAUUUCCAAACACAGAUAAUAUGCCCCGACAGAAGGAUCCAUGUCAAAAACAAGCAUGUGCAAUUCAAAAGUGUUUACAAGCAAAUAAAUACCUGGAGAUCAUGUGUGAAGAUGUCAUCAGGGAGAUGCGCCGCUGUUGCGAAACCCACGCGGCAAACUCCAUUUGCUGCUCGGGUUUCAAGAGUUCCGCGCCCACGGAGAGUAAAAAUAAUCCGUGAUUCUUCAGAGGGACUGUUGGUCUUGGUGGAGGUUAUUCAGUGCAGUUGAUUUGCCAUGCCAUUUGUCGAUUUGUCAGUAAUCCUAACCACACACAGCAUUACUUAUUAAUAAAAAAUGUAUUUUAUUGUCUUUCA